AAAGCAGUUCCGGAAAUCUUCCUAGUUGUCAUGUUUGAAGGCUGGACGUUCAAGAAGAACUUGUUAAUGAAACAUGCGGGAAGUGUUUUCAGAAAUCUCCACGGAGGAACGGACAGUCCUGGUCAACGUCCUCCAGCUCAGACUAGUCCGCUGACUCAGGCUUCUCCUGCUGGUCUGGUUUUCCUGCCUAGGUCGGUGAUGGAGCGGCUGGUCUCCAGGCUCACCGAGAAACACGUCCUGUUCCCGGCUUCCUUCGCGGUGAGACUGGCUCUGGUCUUUUACGGGGACCACCAGGACAGGACCAUGGUGGUGAAGUACACAGACAUCGACUACCAUGUGUUCACAGAUGCUGCAAGGUUCAUCACUGAGGGUGAGUCCCCGUACAACAGAUCUACAUAUCGCUACACUCCUCUGUUGGCCUGGCUUCUCACCCCCAACAUCUACCUCAGCAUGGUGUUUGGCAAGAUCCUGUUCAUCAUAUGUGAUGUGCUCUCAGGGCUGCUCAUCUACAGAAUCCUCUGCCUGCGAGGUCUAAGCUCUGAGACUGCACGUCGUGUUUCCUCUCUGUGGCUCCUCAACCCACUGCCCAUGGGAGUGUCCAGCCGAGGGAACGCUGAGUCCAUCCUGGCGGCCCUGGUGCUGGGGACACUACUUUGUAUGGAAGGCCGGCGUCUCAUAUGGGCAGCUUUUCUGUAUGGUCUGUCUGUCCAUAUGAAGAUCUACCCUGUUACAUAUGCGCUGCCCAUUGCUCUGACCCUGCGCACACCAGAGACCAGAGCAGAGGAGGACACACAGAGGUGGAGGUGGAUGAGGUUUAUCAGGUUCAUUGGAAGCUUCAUCAACAAAGAGCUGUUCCUCUUUGCAAGUGUGGCCGGAGGAGUUUUCUGUAUGCUCACAGCACUCUUCUAUUACAUGUAUGGCUGGGAGUUCCUUCAUGAGACCUACUUGUACCAUCUGAUCAGAAGAGACAUCAGACACAACUUCUCUCCAUACUUCUACAUGCUCUACCUCACUGCAGACAGCAGGUGGAGCCAGUGGCUCGGCCUGGCUGCCUUUCUCCCACAGCUCGUCCUGCUGUUGGCGGCAUCGUGGGCCUUUCACUCUGACCUGGCCUUUUCCUGUUUCCUGCACACAGCCAUCUUUGUCUCCUUCAACAAAGUCUGCACUUCACAGUACUUCCUGUGGUACCUCUGUUUACUUCCUCUGGUCAUCCCUCGCCUGAGUCUGUCACUGAAACAGGGGGUGGGACUGCUGCUCCUCUGGUUUGCUGGACAGGGCAUUUGGUUGGGCCCGGCCUACUUCCUGGAGUUUGAGGGCUACAACACCUUUCUGUUGAUCUGGCUCGCUGGACUGCUCUUCUUGAUCAUCAACUGUUUCAUCUUGAUUCAGAUCAUAACCCAUUACAAACCAACACAAACUCCACAGAGACUAAAGGCUGACUGAUGCUCAGGUGAUGUGAAUGUGGAGGGAGUUGAUCUCAGCCUCACUGUGAAGAUUCAGAUUCAGAUUCAGAUUCAGAGGAUUUUCCAUGUUCCACUUGUUUUCAACUGGUGGAUGAUGAUGGACUAUGGAAACAUGCACAAAAAUAAACUUUGUAUUUUGUUGAA